AUGGCACGCAAAUCAAAGACACCAGCUGGUAAAAAGAGUGCUGCUGCACCAGCUAAGACUGCCAUCAACAAGUCCAAGAAGGACAAGAAUAUAUUUAAAGUCAACGAUGCCAAAAAUAAGAAGAAACCAAAGGAAGUACAAGGCAAAUUGAAACAGAUUAAGGAGGUGGUCAAAAAUAAGCAAGAGAAAAUCGAUGCAAACUUGAAGGAGUUGCAUAAGGAUAUGGUCGUGAAGAAACCGAAGGCAGCAGCCAACAAUACAGCAAUUAAGAAAAAUAAGAAGGCACCAGCAAAUGCGAAUAAUGUAUCGCAAAAAUUAGACAAUUUGAAAUUCUAAGAAGCUUUAAACCAUAUCAAAUUGAGAAAUGCGCUACUGUUUGAGGUGUCGUUAAAGCAACGAAAUUUAGGCAAAUAUUUGCUGAUAUAUCAUUCACCAACGCAUUUUGACUCCCUGUUUUAGUAUGAAUGUAUAUGUACUUAUAUAUUAUAAGUAUAGCAAGAAUUUGGUUUGUUAACAACUAGCAUAUUUUAUAGAAAAUCGAACUAACACGCGUGUAAUAAAUAAGUACAAAGUAAUGUUUACGCAUUAUAACACAUAGUUGAUUCACAAUAAAACGUAUGACGUAAUUACGUUAACCCCUCAAGAAA